CUUCAUAGUUUUUCACAUCUUGAAAAUCACGCAGACGAAGUCGCGGGCAACAGCUAGUAAAACCAUAAGGGUUAGUUAAUUGUGUUUGUCAGUUCCUGUGUUAAUUAAAUAGAAAUCAAAGUUUGACGUAUUGGACUCUAUAUUUAUUAAUUUUAUUUGAACGAUGUUGAACUGAUGGAGUAAAAUUAGCAGGUAGUCUAGGUGAGUAAUUUAUCAGGACACCAAACUUCAAUAAGUAUGUGUGUAGAUGAAAAUGAUAGGCGCAUUUCGCCUAGUGCUGGUAGCGUUGUAGUCCGUAACAUGUGGUUGUGGUCAGCGUGCUGUGGUGCUGCGCGUGCAUGGGGCGCUGGUGGGCGUCGCGCGCGGCGGGCCCGGCGGCGGGCUGGCUGGCGGGGCGCGCCACGUGCCCCGUGUGCCGCGCCAGCUUCUGCCUGCUGGACGUGUGCCCGGCCCGCCGCGCGCCGCCCGCCUCCUGAGCCGCGACCGCGCCGCGCCCGCCGCUCCGCCCGCGCCUGCUGCUCACCUUCUCGCUCACCUACCGCCGGCUGCUGCACAGUGCCAAUGGACACAUCAACAUUCGGUUCCGUUAAGCGACCGUGUCUACUCAUCUCAUUCGCGACUUCUCAAAUCUCCCACUUUUAUCAUAUUACUGACUGCACUAAGUGCUGACUUACAUUUGCAAAUUAUAGCGCGGCUUAACUUAAUGCUUUGCCUCCUGAUGAACUUUAUGAUACUGACAUAUUAGAUGAAAUCAAUUAAAACGUUUAACAAUUAUACAUCUCAACUUAGAACUUAGCAUAAUACUUAGAAGCACUUUCAUAUUUACCAUUAGCAGUAGUAGGUAUUGACUACAACUAUCAUAAAUCGUAAUACAUUUUAUGUCUCCUCACUAUGUAGAGGUCUCUAUUAAUAAUGUAAUUGAUGUAAUCAAUUGAUUGUAAAAUGUAUUUUUAGAUCACCUAAUUGUACCAUUGAUGUCUAUAAUCUUAUAUAAAGUGCAAUUAAUUUUAAAGUAUGUGGACUUUCUAGUUGAAGCAAACUUAAAAGUAGUAGCAUCAUUUGUUAUUAGGGACAAUAAAAGGACUCUAUUGUAACUGAUGUAGUCCAAUGACAUUUUUAUUUUUUUUCGAGUUUGCUUCACUUUAUUUUUAACGGACUGUGUAAUUAUUAUAUAAAUGUGUAUUUCAUAAUUAUGAAUGUGUAGAAUUAAGUAGCGCAAACUUAUUGUGAUUUUAAUAGUGCAUUAGUGUUAUGCAAAAUCGACUAAUCUUAUCGAAUUUGCACGUCACUAUAUUAUAGACUAGUUUAAAUAAAUUGUAAAAUAAUACAGGUAUAUAAUAUCGUAAUAAUAUUUAUGUAUUUUGGUAAUCAGGGAACGAUGUUUCUUAUCCUAGAUGUUGGUACUCUUUAGAGAGGUAAUGUAUGCAGAUAAUUUAAUGAGAUUAAUCGACAUUGUAACUGUCUAUAUAAAUGAUCUGUUGUUGCAAAUUUAUCAAAUACACGUUUUAAUGUAUGGAUUCAGUCAUUUGUUUUCUGCCUCUGCUUCAUCUAUUACUAAAUGGACAAUUGCAUUUUCUUAAUUUGUGCUUUAAACCGAGUAAGAAUUUAUUUGAUAAUUUUUAUAUUUACGGCUACUAGAUGCCUCUUCAAGAGCUUUCGUAAUGAUACAGAUAAUUAAACGUACAUUUGACAUUCACAAAGAGAUGUAAACAACUAAACAGACAAUAUCUAAUAGGUCUGAGAACAUUGUAACUGGCGGGAAAUAAUGGGUUUUCCAACUCAACCUUGUUGAUAAUUGAACUACAUUGACAUUUGUGGACUUGUCGUGAUUGUUAUCAACUCGGUCGCAUGGAAUUCAUAAUUCACUCAUGGGCGAGACCUUGGUUUCUGCUCAAGGACAAAGGUCACACGUGCGAUCUUCGGCUAACAUUCUGAAGGAAUAUCCCGAUACAUGUUAACAAGAAGAGAACAUUCUUAACAUGCCUGCCUGGAUUUUUAAAAUGCCUUCAAGGUUUAUUAUGGUCCUUACUCCAAAAGAUUUCAAAGUAUUAUUACUUUUUGUGACAAAAAGAUGAGACAGAAAAUUUGAUUUAAUAAACCGAAUUAAUUGUCGUACCCUAUUGAAGUUUAAAUAUUAAAUACUAGCGCUUAAUGAAGCCUUAUUGGUAAAAAUGGCUUUUCAAGAUUUCAGAACCCAUAAUUACUUCACCCUUAAUCGUUAGUAAAUAUGUCUGUCUGUCCGACAAUGGGUAUAAUUAAUCCGUCGGAACAAGGACAGGUGAAAUGUCACGUUAACUGGGUGUCCAACUGGUGUCAGUACGAUUGCAGCUAAAAGUGUUUGUAUAUGCUAUCUAGCUGGCCAGUCUUGUGUCAAUAUUAGCGGUUAGUGUUAUUUAUUGAGUGACAAUGUGGCAUGAACGUAGGAUCAAGAUUGGCAGGCUAGUGUGGUAGUAUAGGUCACCAAGUUCUGUUUCGGGCUUGGUUUUAAAGGACGUGAGUCAUGACGAAACCGACUAUAGGUCAAGAGAUACGGAAUUAUUUCAAGAAUACGACACUGCAUGGUUUUAAAUACUUGUUGUCUAUUCACAACAGCGAUCGCAUAGGCUGGCUAGUAUGUUGUUGCGCGAGCGCGUGUUGCGCGGGCGUGCUGUGCGCCGUGCUGUGGGCGCGCUUCCUGGAGGUGCCGGCGCUGCUGGCGCUGUGCGACGACGAGCGCUCCGACGAGUACCUCCGCAACCAGAUGCCCACCAUCGCCGUGUGCCCGCCCAUCGACAGCGUCGCCGACAUCAUGCUGGACAAACUAUCUUCAAAUACAUCCGAAACCGAGAGGCUCCCAAUGACUCUGAAGCGACUUCUAACUGGAAAAUCGACGGAUGAAGACCAAGUGCUGCUCCUGGACAAGAUCCUUAAGUCAAAUAAUAUGACAAUACCUCAAGUCUUGAUGGACUAUUCCCUGAACUGUAACGAGUAUACUAAGAAGUGUAGGUAUCGAAAGAUUAAGGUGCCUUGCGGGCAGUUAUUCGAAAAGAUGCUUACCUCCUGGGGAGUCUGUUGCGUCAUGCGGCCGUAUAAAUUGGCUAAUGUGUCAACAACAAUGCUAGCCAGAACAUUUUCGACACAAACGAUGGAUCUAGUGCUGCAGUGCUCGCAUGGAUCCAGACUUUAUUCGUGUCAGUUCAUAACAAGAUAUGAAGGGGAAGAGUUCGCAAACCAGCUGAAGUUGAUCCCCAGCUUCUACUACUUAGCACAGCUCCGGUUUAUAGCGAUACCACAAAGUUCAAACUCAGAAAACCCGAUUCAGGACACCUGUAUUUCUGAUAAAUCCUAUAUUCGGUCAUAUUGUAUGCUCAGGUGCGCUGAAAAGUCGUGUGGAUGCAGGGAUCCUCUCCUUAAUAAGAAACCCUAUAACAGACACCUGCCGAUAUGUCCAGUUACGCGUCUCAGUUGCUUGAAAGUCAACAGGACAAAAAGCCUUGAUAACGGGUCAUGCCACUGUUUGCCUCCUUGCAAUAAAAUAUCCACUUACAUGGUCUUGGAAUCUAAUCCUAUGAACAAUCUUAAACAAGCUAUCGAUCCUUUGUAUGCUGGAGUUAAUGGUACAUCAUCAAUAGUUCUAAAUCUAAGAGUAAAUUUGGGUCAUUCCAGAGUAUUUGUCUUAAAUCCAACUGAGACUUGGCUUACCUUACUGUCUUCUUUAGGUGGAGUUUUCAACAUGUUCUUGGGCGUCGGCUUGUUCAGCGCAUUAGAGUUCAUGUAUCUUAUCUUGGUAAAGCUACCAAUUACCAUCCGGAAAUCAUCGGAAAUUGAUGUCGCUACUGCACCAAUAAGUCGAGUCCCUGGACGUUAGCCUAUAUUUUGGAAUUGGAAUGUUCCUGAUUGCAAACAAUUUUAUUAAAUAAACGAUUCAUUUGAUCACUGA